UAGAUGAAGACAAGUGCAUAACCCUACUUUUCCCAGUGGUAUCAACAACAGUAGCAUGUGUUAACUAAACAGACUGCUGUUUUUCUAGAUGACUUCGUUUGAAUUCAAGUUCGGUAAGACCGAUGCCCCGCAGGGCAGUAGAGUCCUGGCCCGGAGGAAGCCGGCGCCGUCCAAAGCCCCUGUUGCACCCCAUAAAACGGCUGCUGCACCCCUGGUGUUGAAGGCCCUCGAAAAUGCUACUGCAGCCCCGACUGCUGACGGCGGCGGUUUUAUUAGGCGCAAGGCGAAAAAGAGCAAGCUGAAGGGCGAAGUGCCGGCGGCUUCCAGCUCCAAAUCGCACUCGCUCUUCUCGGAAAAGUACAAAAAUGUGCACAUUAACACCGACGUCAAAGGAGUAUCAGUGGCCGAGCGCGUUUUUAGCUCAGGAGGUGAUUUUGGGGCCCUAGACCUCCACCGGCACCUGCAGUCCAACUUGGAGAAGCAUGGCUUCACUGUGUUGACCACUGUGCAGGAGAAGGCCAUCCCCGUGGUUCUAUCAGGAAAGAAUUGCUUGAUCAGGUCCCAGACUGGUUCUGGCAAGACUUUGACGUAUGCGGUGCCCAUUCUGGACCAACUGGUGAGGCGAACGCCGAAGUUGCAGCGCAGCGAUGGGGUGCAGGCCAUUGUGGUGGUUCCAACUAGGGAACUGGCGCAGCAGACGCAUGAAUUAAUCAGCAAGCUCAAUACCUUCCAGUGGAUUGUUACCGGACAGAUUAGCGGCGGCGAGAACCGCAAGACCGAAAAGGACAAACUGCGGCGAGGGGUGCACAUUCUUGUUGGAACCCCCGGGCGGCUUCUGGAUCACAUCCUGCAUACGGCGGCUUUCAACGCUAAGAGCGUGAACUGCUUGGUGCUGGACGAGGCCGACAGGCUGCUGGACAUGGGAUUUAAGAAGGAUAUUGUCAGGCUAGUGGAGGAGCUGAACAGUCAACGAGCUGCCGACGGCUACGAUCCUCUAGCUCUAUUAAAAGGGGUUAAAACCGAAGGGGCUCAAAGCCCCAGACAGACUUUGCUGCUCUCGGCUACACUGACCAAGGACUUGGCCGAACUGGCCGAUUUCACGAUGAAAGACCAUGUGUAUAUCGACGCCUUGGAUGACUCGUUCACCCUCAACCCGCAGCAUAUGGUCAUUCCGCAGACGGUUAAGCAGGAGUUCGUGGUCACCUUCAUCAAGCACCGUCUAGUGAUGUUGGCCGCCACUUUAAUAUCCAAAGCUCAGCACACUGGCAAGACUAUAGUCUUCAUGGCCACCACCCAGAUGGUGGAGUUCCAUCACCAGCUCUUCAGCAAAUAUCUGCUGAACAUGCCAGUGGUACGCGGCCAGCCCGAUUUCGACAGUGACGACGAAGAGCCGGCCCUGGACGUCGAGCUCUUCAAGCUGCACGGAAACAUGGACCAGAAGGAGCGUAAGGAAGUCUUUAAUGGAUUCCGCGCGGCCACCAAAGGCAUCCUGAUAUGCACGGAUGUGGUGGCUCGCGGUAUUGAUGUGCCAGCGGCCGAUUGCAUCGUUCAGUACACUGGGCCCCAAUCGGACGACGACUAUUUGCAUCGAGUGGGCAGGACAGGACGCGCAGGCAAGUCGGGCUCUGCCCUCCUGUUCCUCACCCAUGAAGAGCAGGACUACAUCAGCACCCUGCAGGCGCACAAAGUCUUCUUGCGCGAACACAACGUGGACUUCAUCCUCAGCAAGCUGAUGGACUUCAUGGACGAGCCCAAUAAGGAAAUGGCCAUUUCCAAGCUCCAGAAGCGCUUCGAGCAGGCCAUCGCCCAAGACGACGAGCUGCACAAAAAGGCCUGCUCAGCGUAUUCGUCCUGGUCGCGGUUCUACAGCUCGUUCCCCGGCAAGAUGAAGACGAUGUUUGAUCUGCGGAACGUGAACAUCGGGCACUACGUGACCAGUUUCGGGCUGCAGGAGUCGCCCACGGCUGUUUCCAGGAUGGCCAAGCAGCAGGCGGUCAGAGUGCCGGUCAAGCGGCUCAACCAGAAGCUGGCAAAUCACAGUGGCUUUGGCAGGGACAACGACGGAGGCCGGGCAGGUUCAAGGAAUUUCAGUGGCGCAGCCCCUCCUAGGAAAAAAAAGAAAAAAUUCUAAAUCCCAUCAUUAAAAGCAAUUUUUUUCGUGUU